AUGUCCGUGGCACCGGGCCAAUACUGGAAUCUGAUUGAGCGGAAUCAGCCUCCAGUCAAACGGCGGACUAACCACUCGAAAGUGCGCACCGGAUGUGUCACAUGCAAGAACCGACGCGUGAAAUGUGACGAAGGGAAGCCGUCCUGCAGCCGAUGCGAAAAGUCGGGGCUCUUGUGCGCCGGGUACGAAGGCCCCAAUCCUAGGCGCGGAAAAGAAGCCCCUCCGUCGGGAAGGUCUAAUAGAUCGACGGGGCCCGCAGCACUACGGCCCAAGUCCCUAAAGCCCUGGACCGUCAACACAACUCAGGAAAUCCCAAUAGUAGAUUUCUUGCUACCUCCGUCCCUGGCACCCGCUUAUCUGGAUCGCCGCGACCUUCAGUACUUCGACCGCUUCCGCUCCCAGAUCACCCUAGACAUAUCGGUCUGGUGUGGCGGAGAUUAUUGGAAAAGCAUAAUCUGCGAGGUACUGGAGAAUGAAAGCAUCCGGUAUGCGGCGCUGGCUUUGGCUGCUAUGUUGCUAGCGGCUGAACGAUGCUCUGCUUUAUCUAACCCAUCGCCUGGCCCAUUAACACAGUGUCAAGAGGGGCAAGUGGCGCUCCGGUAUUAUAUGAAGGCUAUCUCCAUGUGUCGGAAGCAACUCAUAGGCGGCGUUACUAAAGUUGCUGUCCGAUCGAAUAUAACAUCCACCUUCCUUUUCGCCAUAAUGGAGAUUUUACAAGGCAAUAUAGCCACGGCAGACCAGAUCAUGGUUAAUGGUGCGAUCUUGAUACGAGAUGCAAUAAGAGCGAGGGCGCCAAGUGGGCGUCCUGCGCUAAUCUGGGACCAGCAAAUGCUAGGCAUAAAAUCGGGUUUUGACAAGUUGACAAUCAUGUGGGGAUUGUCUCCUUUCUUCCACGGGCAGAGAGACGUCUGUACUCUGAUGGUGCCAGAAGAGCAGUAUUCGGAGAUACCAGACGAAUAUGCCCCCCUAUCUCACAUACGAUACUGCUGGCUUCUAUUUCAGAAUGAUGUGGGGCUAUUCAUGACGAGAGUUCGCUGCGGAAAGGUCGUUUCUCCAGAGUACAUGGAAACGGUGAUAUUACAAAAGUCGAAGUUCUUGGCCCAACUCCGCCAAUGGAUGCCGCUGUUAGAUGCCUUGUUGGAAAGGGAGAGAAACACUUCGAGCUUUUAUCCACUGAGCAUAAUGAAGGCCAUUGCCCUGACUAGCACCAUCUUCUUAUCUUGCUUCCUCGACCGAUCCGACGUCUCAUACGACCUACACCUUCCGACCUUUCUCGAGGUCAUACAUAUUUGCCAGAGAUUUGUCCCCGAUAAACCACCUACGCACCUGAAAUUAUCGCUCGACGUCGACUUAUUCCCCAUCGUCUCAUUCACUGUCACCAAGUGCCGAGACCAGAAGACGCGACAACUAGCUUUGAAAAUAUUCCACGAGAUGACAUAUGGGCAGGUCUUCUGGCAUAACCAGGGGAUGUUGAAAUCGCUACAAGCCCUUGUUGACUUGGAGCACAAGGGCAGGGAUAAGAGAGGAUUCGUUCCUCCGUCCUCGCGGUAUUACUUCGUGGGCUCAGAAUGGGAUUUCGAGCACCGUCAAAUGACGGCAACGUUCGUCCCUGUGGGCUCGGUUCCGACUGAAUCUGGAGACAUGCCCACGGUGCGUGUACCGAUAAGCUGUUGA